CCCGCCCGCCCCCCACCCCGCCCCGCUCUCGGAGCCUAUAAAGGGAGGUGACGGGCGGCCAGCCCGGCUGGCAUCCCCGAGCCGCCGCCAGCACCGCCGAGCGGAGCCAGAGCCGUCUCCACCGGGCGCCCGGCGCCGAAGCCAUGACCCUCCGCCGACUCAGGAAGCUGCAGCAGAAGGAGGAGGCGGCAGCCACCCCCGACCCCGCCGCCCGGGCUCCCGACUCGGAAGUCGCGCCCGCCGCUCCGGCCCAGACCCCGGGACCCCCUGCAGCAGCCGCCACCCCUGGGCCCCCAGCGGACGAGCUGUACGCGGCGCUGGAGGACUACCACCCUGCCGAGCUGUAUCGCGCGCUCGCCGUGUCCGGGGGCACCCUGCCUCGCCGAAAGGGCUCAGGAUUCCGCUGGAAGAAUCUCAGCCAGAGUCCUGAACAGCAGCGGAAAGUGCUGACGUUGGAGAAGGAGGAUAACCAGACCUUCGGCUUUGAGAUCCAGACUUAUGGCCUUCACCACCGGGAGGAGCAGCGUGUGGAAAUGGUGACCUUUGUCUGCCGAGUUCAUGAGUCUAGCCCUGCCCAGCUGGCUGGGCUCACACCAGGGGACACCAUCGCCAGCGUCAAUGGCCUGAACGUGGAAGGCAUCCGGCAUCGAGAGAUCGUGGACAUCAUAAAGGCGUCGGGCAACAUUCUCAGACUGGAAACUCUAUAUGGGACAUCAAUCCGGAAGGCGGAACUGGAGGCUCGUCUGCAGUACCUGAAGCAAACCCUGUAUGAGAAGUGGGGAGAGUACAGGUCCCUAAUGGUGCAGGAGCAGCGGCUGGUGCAUGGCCUGGUGGUGAAGGACCCCAGCAUCUAUGACACGCUGGAGUCGGUGCGCUCCUGCCUCUACGGCGCGGGCCUGCUCCCGGGCUCGCUGCCCUUCGGGCCUCUGCUCGCCGUGCCCGGGCGUCCCCGCGGAGGCGCCCGACGGGCCAGGGGCGACGCCGACGACGCCGUCUACCAUACGUGCUUCUUCGGGGACUCCGAGCCGCCGGCGCUGCCGCCCCCGCCGCCCCCGGUCCGUGUCCUGGGUCCGGGCCCAGCUGAGACCCCUGCAGUGGGGCUGGGCCCAGGGCCGCGGGCCGCGUUAAGCCGCAGCGCCAGUGUGCGGUGCGCAGGCCCUGGCGGGGGCGGAGGCGGGGGCGCGCCGGGAGCGCUCUGGACUGAGGCCCGCGAGCAGGCCCUAUGCGGCCCCGGCCUGCGCAAAACUAAGUACCGCAGCUUCCGCCGGCGGCUGCUCAAGUUCAUCCCCGGACUCAACCGCUCCCUGGAGGAGGAGGAGAGCCAGCUGUAGGGGCGGGGGCGGGCAGGGAGGUAUUUAUUUAUUUAUUCGCAACAGACAGCGCUAAAAGAGGGGGAGGCCGAGCCAAGAGGACCCGAGGAGCCCAGAGCAGCGGGAGAGGGUCCUUGCUAGCCUCAGCCCACCGGGUCGGUUCCUGGCUGGUGUCUGCUGAGGGAGUGGGGGGCCCAGCCCCUUCUCUUCUCCCCUGCCAAACCACAGUGGGAGCUGGGGCAGGGGGAGAGCCAGGAAAUCGGGGGCCAAAGAUGGGGGUGCUCGCCUACAGUCUGCAUCUGUAGUGCCUUGUGGGGUAUCCAGGAACAUCCUCCCAGCAGGGGAUUAGGGACCUUGUCCCAUGAAGCCCUCUCCUCAGCUUUACUUGCUCCCCCGCCCUUAGCCUUGGGGAGAAAUGGCCCGUGGUGGGCUGACCCCCCACCCUCCACACACAGUUCCAUGACCCAGCGGGCCUUCAGGGGCAUCGGGUGCUGGUCCUCCUCCCUCCUGGCCUCGACCCCUAAGGGCUUCGCCCCUCCCAGGGGCCUGUAACUAAGUCGGGUCCUGCCAGGCAGGGGGCCUGUGUUCUGUGCCCCUUGGGGGACAGGAACGGGCAAGUUCAGGUGGGGUGGGGACAGCACAGACUGUUCCACCGUUCUGCAUAUUGUUGCUUCUGAACCACAAACUGUAUAAAAUGGAUGGUUUUUUGCA